AUGUACACAGUCUGUUUGCUGAGCAGGUUCAUGGAGUCUCCUACUCGACAGCAUUUGCUUGCUGCUAAGAGAGUGCUAAGGUAUCUAAAGGGCUCAGCAGACUCUGGAAUUUGGUACAGGAAGGGAGAUGGGGAGGAUCAGUUGUUAGGUUACACUGAUAGUGAUUAUGCUGGAGAUGUGGAUGACAGGAGAAGUACCAGUGGGUAUGUCUUCUUCCUUGCAGGUGGGGCUGUCUCUUGGGCAUCAAAGAAGCAACCUAUAGUUACUCUUUCCACCACUGAAGCAGAGUUCAUAGUUGCUGCCUACUGUGUAGCACACUGUGUCUGGUUGAGAAGAAUUCUUGACAGUGUAGGUUGGAGCAGCAGUGUAGCAGAGAAGACAACCAUACUUUGUGACAACAGCUCAGCCAUCAAGUUGUCUAGAAAUCCAGUGCUGCAUGGUCGAAGUAAACAUAUAGAUGUCAAGUUCCAUUUCAUCAGGGAACUAGUGAAGGAAGGGGUGGUUGAGCUGGAAUACUGUCGAUCUGAGGAACAAGUUGCAGAUAUCAUGACUAAGGCUCUAAAGCUGGAAUCAUUUCAGAUCUUGAGAAGCAAGCUUGGUGUGUGUGACUUGGCUGAAGUUGGUCGAGCAAUGUGA